AUGGAUAAACAAUCUCAAAUAAAUCAUGGGGACCCCCCAAAGAAACCAUGCGUGGUCUGCUUCGAAGAUGACGGUGACCUACGAUGCUUCCAAUGCGGGUGUUUCUGGUGCCGGAACUGCUUGACAACAUACCUCAAAUCCAGGCUGGCAGCGAGGAACACAUGGCCCCCAAGGUGCCACAAGUACAUCUUCACAGAGGACGAUAUCAGAUGGAUACAGUCGAGUGAUCUCCUCGAAAAAUACCAAGAAGUAAACCGCGAGUUGCUGGGACCACCUCCCCUCUACUGCUCGGAGCCGCGAUGUAGCGCGAUCCUCAACACCGAAAAUACCACAGGGGAAAGCGACGUCGUUGUAUGUGAUAAAUGCAGUUCUAAAACUUGCAAGAAAUGCAAGCGGGGACACGAGCCGACUGAGUCGGGGUGCGAGGAAUCGCCCAUCGAUACCGCGCUCACGGACAUCGCCCGGAGCAAACACUGGCAGACAUGUCCGCGCUGCAAUCGCAUGCUCGACCGAUCAAGUGGAUGCAACCACAUGAAAUGCCAUUGUGGCCACGAGUUCUGCUACGAGUGCGGCAUGACGUGGAGAACUUGCAGUUGCGGGAUUGAUCAAGAAACGAUUUUCUAUGAAAUACAGCUCGGAGACGGGACCCCUCCGAUAGUGGUUAGCCAAACUCAAAUGCUUCUAUUUGUCACGCAACAAGCCCAUCGGCACCAGCAGGCGCAACAGGCGCGGCCAGAAAAGCGACAACACCACUUUGUGGAUAAGCAGAGAGAUCAGGAACGCAGCCAGAAAAAUCAGAAGGAAAACCAACGUCCAGAACAACGGCUAGAGCAGCGGCAUGACCAUGGGCAACCACCAUCAUUCACAGGGCUUCACGGUUUGGUUGGUUCAACAUAUGGGCAAGCUCAAUCCUUACGUCAGGGACAAAACCUACAACCUUUGAUAGCGAACCCACUACGACAGCUGGUAUCUGAUCGUGCCCCUUCCCCCUCUAUUGAAUCUGUCUCGAGUCCGUUAUCGCCCCAAGCCGCAGCCGAGCAGAGGCGUAACUACCGGGCAUUCAGAUUACAGUCACAAGCCCAGAUUCCAGGUUUUCAUAGACAACUAUCGGGGCAUAGCUCGGGGGUUCAUAUAACGCAUCUGUCACGGUAUCAGCAGGAUCCAGCACCGGACUUAUCCCAGCCAGGCGGUUCCCCAGCACAACAGCUACCGGAAGAAGUAACUUUAAUCAACAGGGCACCGCAUCGCACCGCAAACCCUUUAGCAGGCCGAAGCCGAAUAUCGUCUAUCGGCUCCACAAGAAAUCCUCUCCAGCCAUCCGAUCCUUCACCAAGACGAAUGGAUCGAGCCGGGUCCAAGAGAAGACGGGAUUCGGCGCCGUAA